UCUAUUUUUUCCUCUCCCCCUUUCUCUGAAGAUAAAUGAAGGUGGGGAUGAAGAAUCUGAAAAUUCUGUUAAAGAAUUCCGCCCUGGGAAACUCAGACUGAGUUUUGAGGAGAUGGAAAGACAGAGGAGAGAAGAGGAGAAGAGGAAAGCAGAGGAGGAAGCGAGGAGACGCAUAGAGGAGGAGAAAAGAGCAUUUGCUGAAGCGAGGAAGAACAUGGUGCUGGAUGAUGAAUCACCAGAAAUGUUUAAAACAUUUUCUCAAGAAUCCCUCGUACCUGGGAAACUGGAAAUUAACUUUGAGGAGCUGCUGAGGCAAAAAAUGGAAGAAGAGAAGAGACGCACAGAAGAGGAGCGUCGGCAAAAGUUGGAAAUGGAAAGGCAAGAAUUCCAACAGCUGAGACAAGAAAUGGGAGAG